CAAAAGGGUUUCGAAAACCUUGAAUUUAAACGGGAAAGAGUGGAAGAUUUAUGGAACUAAAGCAGCGUAGCAUGCAUAUACAAAAAUUAUUAGCAGUAAAAACUCAAGAUUGUAGCAAUAUUGGCAGCCAUGAGAACUCUCUACCAGUUGGUGCUUUGCCGCGGAGCUAGCAAAACAAUAUUUCUGAUGGAGGUUGCAUAGAUGCUGCAUUCAGGCGAAGACAAAAGCGAUGUGAGCUUUGCUUUUGGAUCAACUUCAAGAGGGAAUCAUGAAGUUUUGUGCAUAACUAAGGAGAGGGAAGCUCUUCUCGAGUUCAAACGAGGUCUCAUAGACGAACAUGAUUUGCUUUCUUCAUGGGGAAAUGAAGAUGAUAAUGAGGAAUGCUGUUCUUGGAGGGGUGUGAAAUGCAGUAACACUACUGGCCAUAUACUCGUCCUAAAUCUUCGUGGGAGCAUCCAACUCACUCCUGAUGGUGAAGGUAACUAUUUCACACUGAGAGGUAUUAUUAGAUCUUCAUUGGUUAAGUUGCAGUAUUUGAAGUACUUGGACCUUAGUUCCAAUGAUUUUGGAGGCGAAAUACCAAAAUAUAUCGGUUACUUCAAAGGACUAGAGUACCUAAAUUUCUCAUCUAAAGCUAGUUCCAAUGGUUUUACUGGUCUAAUUCCUCCCCAGCUUCAAAAUCUUACCUACUUAAAGGUUCUUGAUCUUGGUGGCAAUUUUUUUGAAGUAAAGAACCUUGAGUGGCUUUCUCAUCUAUUGUAUUUGGAGUACUUAGAUCUAAGUUUAUCCUAUGUGCAAGCUAAAAACUGGUUGCAAGAGGUAAUCAAGCUCCCUAAUUUGAAGGAAUUGCAUUUAUCUUCCUGUCAUCUCCCUAUAGUCAAUCCUUCAUCACUUGUCUUAGCUAAUAUUUCCUCUGCCAGUCUUUCCGUCCUCGACAUCUCUUUAAAUGGAUAUUCAUCUCCUGCAAUAUAUAGUUGGUUGUUUAACUUCUCUAGUCUUACUAGCCUAGAUCUCUCAUACAACGACUUAGGUCAAAUUGCUAGUGGCUUUGGGUACAUGAAAUAUUUGGAACAUCUUAAAUUAUCUAGCACUGGUAUUCAAGGCGGGAUACCAAAAUCUUUUGGGAAUUUGAGUCGUUUACGCUCUCUUGAUGCAAGAGACAAUAACAUAAGCCAACCAUUUUCAGAGUUGCUUAGUAUCUUAUCAGGGAGUACGAGAUCACUUGAACUUUUGUCCUUUGAGCAAAAUGCACUUACUGGUUCAUUGAUUAAUCUUACUAGAUUUUCAUCCUUGAGGGAAUUGAGGCUACGAGACAAUUUGCUGAAUGGCAUUUUCCAUGAAAGCUUUAGACAAAUCUCCAGUCUUGAAUAUCUUGAUUUGUCUAUUAACCAAAUGACAGGGUCAUUACCAGACUUGGCAUUAUUUCCGUCUCUGAGAGAGUUGCAUCUGGGGUAUAAUCAUUUUCAUGGGAUGAUACCACAAGGUUUAGGGCAACUUUACAAUCUUGAAAUUUUUCUUGCACCUUCUAAUUUGUUAGAAGGCACAAUCUCUGAAUCCCAUCUUUCCAACCUUUGCAACCUGAUAAGUUUAAACUUGUCUUCCAACUCCUUGACUUGGAAUGUUAGCCUUGAUUGGGUUCCAUGUUUUCAACUACAAGUUAUAAGUCUUUCAUCUUGUAAUCUUGGGCAUCAUUUUCCAAGAUGGCUUCAAACUCAAAAUAACUACGGAUAUCUGGAUAUCUCUCUUGCUAGUAUCUCAGACACAAUGCCUAGUUGGUUUCCAAGGUUGCCUCCCGUGUUAACAUACUUGAAUCUCUCUUACAACCAAAUCAGUGGAAAGAUACAUGAUUUAUCAGCUAAUAUUGUUGGUCCCAUUGUCAUAGAUUUCAGUUAUAACAAUUUCUCAGGGCCCUUACCAGGAUUUCCUCAAUUGGUUAGUGAAUUGCGCGUUAACAACAAUCAGUUUUCUGGAUCACUUAACUCCAUAUGUGAAAUUCGUUCAGCCACAACCCUUGACUUGUCAGAAAAUCUCUUGUCCGGAGAGAUUCCUGAUUGUUGGACCCUUAUGUCUGUUCCAAUGAUCCUUAAUGUAGCCAAUAACCGUAUAUCUGGAAGCAUUCCAGACUCUUUGUGUUCUUCAACAACCUUGACCUCUCUAUACAUGCGUAAAAACAAUUUAAGUGGAGAGUUCCCUGCCUCUUUGAAGAAUUGCCGAGGUUUGAGUGUCUUGGAUUUGGGAAGAAAUACAUUGAGUGGAAAUAUCCCAGAAUGGAUAGGGACUAAGUUACCUUAUUUGGGCAUUCUGAGCCUUCGAUUCAACAAAUUCUCGGGUAGCAUUCCUCCAAGUAUAUGUCAGCUUCAAUCUAUUCAAAUACUGGACCUUUCUGGCAACCAUUUAUCUGGAAGAAUUCCACAAUGUUUCAGCAAUUUCACCACACUGCAACUUUUGCAAGAUGGUUCAAGUGUGAGCUAUAACUUUGAUCCUUAUGUCCCUCGAGUAGGUAUAUUGUACCAUGGCGAUGCAUUAGUCCAAUGGAAAAACAAAGAGUCAGAGUACCAAAAUACCUUGUGGCUACUCAAAACCAUCGAUCUUUCUAGCAAUGAACUGGUUGGUGACAUCCCUAAAGAUUUUAGCAGAAUGAAUGCAUUGCUAUCGUUGAACCUAUCAAGAAACAAUUUGACAGGAAAUAUCAUUGAAGGAAUUGGUACAAUGAAGAUGUUAGAGGUACUUGACUUGUCAAGAAACCAGCUUUCAGGGAAAAUCCCUAUAGGCCUUUCUAAUUUGACGUUUCUUAGUGUGUUGGACUUGUCAAAUAACAACUUGUCAGGGAGAAUACCGUUAAGCACUCAAUUGCAAGGUUUUGAUUCCUCAACUUAUGGUGGGAAUAUUCAGUUAUGUGGCCGUCCUCUUCCACAGUGUCCUACAUUUGCUCCUCCCAAUCCUCAUGUUAGUUAUGACAGCAAUAUUAGUACUUCUCAAGAAAAUGAUGAUGAGUUUCCAUCUAAAGAGUUCUAUAUAUCGAUGGCGUUGGGUUUUAUUGUUGCAUUUUGGGGAGUGUUAGGCUCUAUUUUCUUCAACAAUUCAUGGAGGAAUGCCUACUUCAGGUGGUUGAAUGAACACAAGAAUUGGCUCCAUCUUUCAGCAGCACUCUGCUUUGCACGGUAAAGGGCGUGAUGACUGAUUUUGUAUUGUACUCAUUCUCUUUCCUUUUCUAAGCACAGGGUCUUGUUAACUUCUGUUUAAGUUAAUUUGAAAGCUGCAGUAAAGACCAAGUGACAAGGAAAUGAGUUAAUCUUGGAUAUCCUUUUGCCUAUUAUUCUUUGCUUGAAGCAACUAAUAUUUCUGUUUU